UUCAAAAUGUUCAAAUACUUCGCUCUCGUUUUUGUGGCCCUCUUCGCCUUCGCUGCUGCCGAACCUAAACCCAGCGUCUUCGCCGCACCAUUGGCCUACUCUGCCCCAUUGGUCGCCUCGCCCUACGCUGCCGCCUAUGCCGCUCCCUAUGCUGCUUACGCCGCCGCUCCUUAUGCGGCCUAUGCUUCACCAUACGCUGCCUACUCUGCGUAUCCAUACAACGCCGCCUACUUGCUUCGCAAAUAAAUGGAAUGGGGCUGAAGAAGACUGGACUGAACGCAUUAGAAAUAAGUUAGCAAAUGUACAUAAAUAAAACAUGGACUUGAACGAUGCUCAA